AGUUGAGGAAUAGAUGUAGAUCUGCUAUGUUGUUGGCAGCAUGAUAUGUGUUAAUUAGAAUUAUCUUGUGUACUCUGUCCCUCACCCUUUGAAAUUUUCUUUAGUGGCUUGGACAAAAGCAUAAGAAGGCUAUGCUGGAAGCUCUGGAUAAGGUCAAAGCUGAGUUGAUGAUUUUAGGGUUCAUUUCACUUCUUUUGACUUUCGGGCAGAGCUAUAUUGUCAAAAUAUGCAUUUCUGAAAAGAUCGCAUCCAAAAUGUUGCCAUGUCCAUAUAACUAUGAGAGUACCGAUAGUGCGUCAGAUACUGAAGAGAACCAUCGUAGGAAACUUCUGUCAUAUGAACGUAGAUAUUUAGCUGCUGAUACUACCUCGUACAAAUGCAGCAAGGAGGGACAUGAGCCACUUUUAUCUGUCAAUGGAUUGCACCAGUUACACAUCCUCAUAUUCUUCUUAGCAGUUUUUCAUGUGCUUUACAGUGCUAUCACAAUGCUCCUUGGAAGACUAAAGGUCUGUUUGUUUUUUUAAAAUUUUUGUCGACUAGUUCAAAUAUUUUUUCCACAUGUGCAACUGCAUAUUAAGGAUAUUGAGUUGAGGGUUACUCAACCUUAUGUAUUUUUCUUCUUGCUUUGUUAGCCUACAAGAUUUAUAUACUUUUGGUCAUGUGGUUAGAUCAUUAGGUGAUGUGCCUUAAAUCGAUUCAAUUCAGACUUACCCUUGAUGAAACCAUAAAUGCUGUCCUGUUAUUGUUCCG